CCGCCCCUGCUUCCAUCGCUCUCGUGCGCCGGAGAUGCCGUUGCCGCGUGCGAAAUCCGCUGCGCCGCCUGUUCGUCGUGCCGCGCCUUUGUCCCCAAAGCUGGUGAAGCCCCGACCUUUCGCAUCCCCUGAUGCCCUUACCCGCCACUUCCCCCUGAUGCGCGUGUCCGCCGUGUCCCCCUGACGCGCUUACCCGCCGCGUCCCCCCGCCAUGGACCUCACCGUUCUCAUCGCAUUCGUCGUCUUCAUCUCCGCCGCGCUGCUCGUCUUCGCCUUCCGCCUCUCGCGCGUAAUGUGGCUAGAGGAGCAGGCGGAGAGAGCGCGGGAACGUGCGCGGGCGUUGCGCGAGAGGGCCGCGCGCAGCCGGCUGGCGGAGGGGAUGGACCCGAAGCUGAUCGGGUCGUUCAGCGACCUCGUGACCUUCGCAGAUGCGAAGGUCGAACGUGCCGCGGCUGCACGUGGAGGCGCGCCGAGCUCUGACUGCGUCGACGGCCUGGUGACGCAAGCAGGUGUGACUGUAGCGGAGGUGAAUUUACCGCGGCACGACAUGGCAUCUUGCGUGGGCGCGGUUUCGUUAGAAGAGGGCGGGGAGGCGGUGGUGGACAUUGGAGGGGAGAGCCCUCGGAGGGCAGCUUGCCCAGCCACGGGGGACGGCAGGGCUGCAGGUGGUGGUCACAAGAAUGGGCGGCUACUGGAUGGGUUGAGUGCGGUGCAAGGAGAGGAAUCCACAGCUGUGAGAGGCACACCACAAGACGAGUCAGGGGCUGAUGCUGACAAGAGGGUCUCCCCACCGUCAGAUGCAAGUUCUGAGCGCUGCUCACCGUCAGAUGGCGAGAGGCAGGGCUCGCCCCCGGCUGUGGUGCUUGCAGGGGAGUCCGGGCGUGCGGCAGUGGGGGAUGGCGGCAGCGUGGGCGAUGCCGCAAAUGUGGUGAUUUCUAUGACGUCAGCUGAGUGCUCUGUGUGCCUGGUGGAGUUUGAGGAUGACGUCAUGCUGAGGCGAAUGCACUGCUGCAGACACCUGUUUCACCAGGAUUGCUUGGAGAAGUGGCUGGAGUACCGCCUUAGUUGCCCCAUAUGUCGUGUACAAGUAAAAGAAUUACUAUUGAUAGUAUAAUCUUUAGUUUCUUACAAUUC